UGUCUCAACCAGCUUGUCUGAAAAUCCCAAUGGCUGUUGGACCUCGAAGGAAUAAAAUCCUUACUACCCAAUCUACGACCAUUCUCACCUUCUUUACUCCUGGGGCCUCUUCUUCUAAAUCAACAAUCACUUCAGUAGCCCAAAAGAAGAAGCGUCGAACACCUUCAGUCAAUGUUUUACCAAAUCAGCAUGAAAUUAUAGUCAUUGACUCUGAUUCAGACGAAGACGAUCCAUCAGGACCGAUGCUCAGGAAGAAGAGGAAGACUGAGUCGAAAAGGGAACGGAGGGCUGUGGAUAAUUCAUCAGACAUUGAAUUUGUUGAGCAUAAAACUGUCGCUCCCUCUGCGAAAUCGAGCGAGUCAUAUGUACCAUUUGGCAAACCGACCUCGCUCCUGCUAGAUCCCUCGUCGUCGCCUAAAGUGAGCAAAACACCCUCUCCGACCAUAGCUCCAGCUCCCUUUGGAAAACCCACCGUACUUUUGCGAUCAUCCAAGGACAACAUAUCUCUGGAGAAUGAGGCAGGCACAAGUACGGAAGAAACCUUUCCAGAAGUAUUGGACAUCGAAGAUUGGGACACAGGAGACGACGAGGUCGCGCAAAUUGUGCUGGAUGAUGAACUAGAGGAUGAAGUGCGGGAAGUGGCGCCGGAUCAAUCAACAACUGCUACACCGUCUGCAGAAGUAUCUAAAUCCCGCAGUACCCCUGCACCCAAGUCUCAACGACCACUUUCGUCGUUUGAUAUUAUUAAGACCUCUCCUACGCCUUCUAGUACUACCAGUGAUUUAUACUCUGUCCUCUUGUCCUCCCGCAAAGAGAAUGAUGCAUGGAAGGAGGCAGCGGUGGCAGAGGACCGUGGAUUUCGUCCCUCCAAGUCUAAUGGCGGACGACGUAAGGCACCUUUCUACAAAGUCUUGCAGGGCAUGCCUAUUGCUGUCGACGCGUUCAAGUAUGGAACAAUACCUAGUGUGACCGCGUAUUUUUUGACUCAUGCGCACAGCGACCAUUACACUGCUCUUAGUAACACCUGGAAUAGCGGACCCAUCUAUUGCUCCGAGGGGACUGCCAACCUUAUCAAACACAUGCUCAGAGUGCACCCUAGCUGGGUCCAUCCUUUGCCAAUGAACGUACCUACAGAAAUACCCAAUACUGGGGGUGUUCGCGUCACCCUCAUAGAAGCAAAUCACUGUCCUGGCUCAUGUUUGUUCUUCUUCGAAGGCAAGCAAACAGUCGACGCAGGGGAUAGCACGUUCAAAUCGCCUUAUGUGGGUACGACAAGGACAUUCAGAUUUCUUCAUUGUGGCGAUUUCAGAGCAAGUCCUGCUCAUAUAGAACAUCCGGAGGUGAAGGGCAAGAGAAUAGAUCACGUUUAUCUAGACACGACUUAUUUAGAUCCCAAGUAUACGUUCCCUCCUCAACCUCUGGUCAUUUCUGCCUGUGCAGAACUCGCCAAACGCAUACAGCACGGCGACUCGCUGUUAUAUCCGGCUCAGCCAGGAACCAUGAGUGCGUGGGUCACCACAACAUCCAACGCAGAUGUCAAGGGAAAGCAGAAGGACACAGCAAAGGCCAAUAACGUUCUUAUGAUCGUAGGCACAUAUUCAAUUGGGAAGGAACGUAUCGUCAAAGCCAUCGCUAGAGCUCUCCAAUCCAAAAUCUACUGUGACUCUCGUAAAACUGCAAUUCUUCGCUGUCAAGCUGACCCAGAGCUUGAAUCUCUUCUGACCAAAAAUCCAUUGGACGCACAAGUGCAUAUCGUCCCUCUUGGACAUGUCAACCUGGACAAGUUAAAGGAAUAUAGUGAAAAGUACAAGAAUCAUUUCAAGAAGGUCGUAGGUUUCAGGCCAACAGGAUGGACAUACGUCCAACCAGCAGGAACCGAUCAAGUUCCUUCAAUUCCGACUAUCAUCUCGCGGGCUCAACGGAAUACAUUUACCUACACAGAUCUUCGUCAAGGCCGCGGCUCCUCCUCGACGUUGCAGGUGUAUCCUGUACCUUAUUCUGAGCAUUCGUCGUUCUUUGAGUUGACGUGUUUCGCCAUGUCAUUCGAAUGGGGCAAGAUGAUCGCGACGGUGAAUGUAGGAAGUGAAGCUUCAAGGGGGAAAAUGGCUAAGUGGGUUGAGAGAUGGGAGAAGGAGAGAAAGAAGCAAGGGAAGAACUAUAUUGUCCCGAGCCGGAAAGACGAUUACUGGUAGGAUAUAUACUCAACCCACCACCAAUGUCUUGUUAAAGGCAACCAUGCUCCCUAUUCUAAUCCAAUUCAUACUCGCAUCUAGACUUAAUACACCCCCUUGUACAUAGGUGGUAACGCGUUCGCGACAUUCUAACUGAGGGAUUCCUUGUACAAAUACGUAGAAGAU